AUGCCAGCCUUCCAGCAGCAAGCAAUCGUGGACUUCAUGACGACCAAGUAUCCCACGACUACGCAGCAGCAGCUUCAAAGUGUGCACAAUAAUCGAGGCUUCUGCGAUCUGACCAAUGUCGAGUUGCUUGAGGCGUACUUAGCAGAGCAGCUGCAAAACAAAACCGUGGACAUCGAUGCUAAUCUGGCGUUGCUCAAGCUGUAUCUGGUUUAUCCCGCUACGGCUAACGCUACGGUUGUGGCCAAAAUUCUAGCAAAGGGAAUAAUGGCGAUACCCUCAACCUUCUUUUCCGGCGCCUCCACGAUGAUCCCGGAAAACAUUCGCGAGGAUGCAGUUGUGACGAAAAUGCUGCGAGCGGGUUUUCUGCUUCAAUCGUGCUUAUUCGAGGAUUAUUGGAAAGAAGAAGUUGCUCUUACCAAGGAGUUGCCAGGUUUUCUGGAUUCGGUACGCGCCUUUAUUCUGACAGCCGUUAGCCAUAGCCACAGUGCCAUCUCUAUUGAAGUCUUGGCAGCAAAGAUUAACGUUUCUAACAAGCGGGUACCGGAAAUAGUUGCUGCCGAGAAGUGGACGCUUGCUGACAACGUGAUCCAAAUAAGCCCGAAUGAGGAAAAUCAGAUGCAGGCAAAAAAAGUUCAGGAGAAUAUCGAGUUCGAGGACGUGCUUAAUGUCAUUCAUGUCCUCUGUAAAUAA